AUGUGUGAGAUCUGGAAUGAGAGUGAGGGCGGAUGUGUCCCUCCCCCUGUUGGACAGCCAGAGGAAGUAGCUUUUGUUGAGAUCACAGUCUUGGGAGCCAAUUCAGAGUUUGAGAAGAAACAGAAAGUCCUAAUCAAGCAUGCAGAGAAGAAGACUUUAAUCCAGACAGACAAACCUGUGUACAAACCCGGUCAGAUUGUCAAGUUGCGAAUCGUAACCUUGGAUCAGAACUUCAUUGCCAGCAAUGAAACAGACCCCAAAAGGAACCGAAUUGCACAGUGGCUGAAUGUUACCCCUGUGGGAGGCAUUGUGGAUCUGUCCUUCCCUCUGGCUGCAGAAGCACCAGUUGGAGAGUAUACCAUCAAAACGCCUGACCGCACACAUACGUUCAGGGUAGAGGAGUAUGUUCUGCCCAAGUUCAGUGUCUCCAUCCAGAUGCCUCAGGUGGUCACCAUCUUGGAGGAGACCUUCCAUCUCCAUAUCUGUGGCAUGUACACAUAUGGAAAACCAGUUCAAGGUAGUGUGAAGGCUGUGGUGUGCCGUAAGCAUAUCCAGUAUAAAAGGAAGUCUCCCAAAGCCAAGCGUAGUAUUUGUAAGGACUACACUGGCAAGACAAAUGAGGACGGCUGUUUUACCACUGAGGUGCACGUUAAGACCUACCACCAGAAGCGUACUGACAAUUACGAUUUCAACCUGGAAGCUGUGGCUGCUUUGAAAGAAAGUGGAACAGGAGUGGAGUUCAACACCACUGAAAACUGCAAAGUCACUUUUGGUAUCACAACUCUUCAGUUCUGGGGGACAAGCUACUACUAUCAGCAAGGAGCUCCUUACUAUGGAAAUCUGGAACUCAAAAGUGGCAAUGGGACCCACCUGAAGAACAAAAAGGUGAUUCUUACAGUGUCCUAUGGUAGCAGGAAGCAGACCAAGACCUACUUCACAGAUGACACUGGGAUGGCCUCUUUCAUCUUAGAGACUUCAGCAUGGAACAGCAGUGAAGUCCGACUGCAGGCAAAGACCCAGCCAGAGGAAUUCAGCAGUCAGAACAUGAGGGUGUCUUAUGGUACUGCAUCCCUCACACUGAGGGCCUUCUACUCCUCCAGCCGUAGCUCUGUGAGGAUCCAACCAGUGCAGGCAGCGCUGCCCUGUGGGGACGUGCAGCAGGUCACCGUGAAUUAUCAUCUCCUGGCCACUGAGCUGGGGGACGGGGCUGCCAGAGCAGAGUUCUACCACCUGGUUUUGGCCAGAGGAUCCCUUGUGCAUCACGGCAAAACAAGAGUACUUCUUGAUCCACCACUAGGUCAGUACAGUGAUACGUUCAAUAUCAGUCUUCCCAUUGACAUAAUUUCACCCAUGGCUAUGCUCUUUGUUUACACUGCCUUCCCUGAGGGUCAAGUGGCAGCUGACAGCUUCAGCCUGAAAGUUUCCAAAUGCUUCAGGAACCGUGUGUACAAUAUGUUCAGUUAUCCUCAAGAGCACCCCAGUAUCCUCACAGACUCUUACAGUGACUACUGUACUGUCCACAAGAGUUCAGGAACCAUCAGUUCUCAGACCAUGCUUCCACCAACUACUACAUCACCCUUUAUGUACAACAGCUAUUCUUACGCAGUGUCCCAGCCAGAUGUCUAUGGACUUCUGAGGAAUUCAGGUCUAACGUUUUUAACCAGCCUUAAAAUCAAGUCUCCAAUCGAGUGCCAUACCCAGACCACUUUCUACGACUACAUGUCUUAUGAUCAUCUGGAAGACUUGGAAGACUUGGAUCCAGAACUAGAUGCUGCUGUUGAACAUACUGAGUCAGAGCACAUUGAGCUGGGCAGCAAGGCAGGGCCUGUACGUACCUGGUUUCCUGAGACGUUCAUCUGGAGUCUGGUCCCCAUCAAUGAUUCAGGGUCUGCUGAGUUAUCUGUCACAGUACCUGAUAGUAUCACAGACUGGAGUGCCAUGACUUUCUGCACAUCAGAGACGCAUGGGUUGGGAAUCUCAGAGACCACCAGCCUGCGGAGCUUCAAGCCCUUCUUUGUGGAACCCGUCUUGCCCUACUCCAUCUUCCGGGGAGAGUCAUUUCCCCUGACUGUCAAAGUUUUCAAUUACCUGAAGCAGUGCAUGGUGCUCCAGCUUAGCAUAAUGAACUCCAGCGAUUUUGAAUUUGUGCAUGCAAAUGUCAGGUUCACCGUUUGUCUGUGUCCCGAUUCAGCGAAGACAUUUUUCUGGGAUGUGAAAGCUACUAAGCCAGGGAAGGUGAAUUUCACCAUCACUGCAGAGGUGAUUGAUCAGAAAGAUGUUUGCACUGAAAGUACAGCUGUUGUGCCAGAAUCUGGAGGGAAGGACACAGUGGUUAAGCACCUGCUGGUGAAGGUCAGUGGGCUGCUGGAGGAAAAGACCCGCACCUCGCUCCUGUGCCCUAAAGGUAGGUGAACUUCAGCUUCGGAGACAAUCACUUUCACUUUGCCAGAGAACAUGGUCCUCGGGACAGAGAGAGCCCACAUCUCUUUCUUAGGUGACAUUUUGGGGACAGCACUGGACAACAUAGAUGAGCUCCUCCAGAUGUCCAGUGGUUGUGGUGAGCAGAACAUGGUUCAUUUUGCUCCCAAUGUCUUUAUCACACGAUACCUCCAAGAGACAGGACAACUGACUCCAGAAAUCAAACAGAAGGCAAUUGGCUAUCUGGAAAGUGGAUACCAACGGCAGCUUCUAUAUAAACACGCAGAUGGCUCAUAUAGUGCCUUUGGGGAAGGUAGCGAGCCAGGGAACACAUGGUUGACUGCCCUUGUCCUCAAGACAUUCAGCCAAGCCCAGGACUUCAUCCAUAUAGAUGAGCAGAACAUUAAGGAUGCUGCCAGUGCCCUGAUUAAAAGUCAGACUCCAUCUGGCUGCUUCAAGAGUGUGGGGAAACUCUUCAACAAUGGCCUGAUGGACCCAGCUGUGCAGAAAGCUCUGAAAUGCAUAACGGACCUGGUCAAUGCUGACAGCGGCACUUCCAGCCUCUACAGCCUGGCACUAGCUGCAAAUGCCUUUGCAGUAGCAGGUGAUAAGGCACUGAAGCAGAAAAUCCUCAAAAGACUGGAUAAGGCAGCCAUAAGAUCAGAUGCUCAAAUAUUCUGGAGUCAACAGUCCAAACAGGAAGAAGAUUCCCUACAUUGGUAUCGGGCUCCAUCUGUUGAUGUGGAAUUGACAUCUAGUAUCCUCAUGGCUCACAUUUCAAAGUCAAGCUUGUCUUCAGAUGAAAUCAGAAAGGCAUCCCAGAUUGUGUCAUGGCUCAUCAAGCAGCAAAACCCUUAUGGAGGCUUUGCUUCAACCCAGGACACAGUGGUUGCCUUGGAAGCCCUAGCCCUGUAUGCAACCAAGACCUUCAGCAAGGAUGGCCCUGAUCUUCAGGUUUCUCUCUCCUCUGAGAGCUUCCGUAAAAACGUCCGAGUAGACAAUACCAAUCGCCUCCUGCUGCAGACAGUGGAGCUGCCUGCCAUUCCCAGAGAUUAUACUGUGCAUGUACAGGGCCAUGGGUGCCUUUUCCUGCAGGCAAUUCUGCGGUACCACAUCCCUCCGCCAAGGAAGGACCUCACCUUUGCUGUGUCUGUGCAGACAGAGUGCACAGCACCCGACGCCACCCAGUUUCCUGUCACCGUUCACACUCGCUACACAGGGAACCGUGUCUCCACCAACAUGGUCCUGAUCCAAGUGGAGCUGCUGUCUGGAUACAGCCCCGUGGCAGAUUCACUGGAUGAGCUAAAGAAAAUGCCCUUAGUGAAGAAAGUUGAAAGUGAAGCUGACCGAGUCGUUCUUUAUCUGGAGGAACUGACUCGACAGCCUCAGGCCUACACUUUGCUGAUGCAGCAGGACAUGCAAGUGAAAGAUCAUAAGCCGGCUAAUAUCAAGGUUUAUGAUUACUACAUGCCAGAAGAAACAACGGUGAUCAGCUACAAUGCUCCCUGCACAUGA